AUAAAAACAAUGCAAGAAAUUUGGUAUUCAUUUUGCAGCUGCGCACUAAAACGAACAAAUUCGAAUAAAAACAUAAUUAGUCAGCUGUCAAGAAAUGCAACAGGGUGGCAACGCCCAGCGCCGAAUUUGUUUUGUUUGUGCAUGUGUUUGUUGUUGCUGGACAAGGGCGCAUUUUUUGAGCCAAUUUGUUUAAACUAAUAACUAAUAGAAUGCUCUAGCCAGUUGGAGCGGAUGCAAUAUAACACUAUUAGAGCAUGGCAACAGCAAGUGGCAGUAGCGAAAUUGUUAUACUCACAGAAGUGGUGCGUGAACAAUAUGUACGCUAUUUGGAGCGCCAGUUACAGGAGAACGUGUGCGUUUGGGCAGCAGCUUCCAGGAAUCACCAUAAGCCCACAGCCUGGGCAUGCAUUGCGCACAGCGUCAAGGCAUUGGAGACACAUGCAAUUAAAGCCUGCCAGGCGGCACAACUGUAUCAGCGUGCCAUGGUCAAGAUGAUCGCCGCGGUGCGACGCAACACGCAGGAAUGCCGCCUAGCGGAUGCGCUUUUCAACCAAAUGCAGCAACAGCACGUCGUCGAGGAUACAACGUCAGCGAAAGCCCCAAAGGCGAAUCCCAGCAUCGUACAUGCCCCAUCGUACAAGCGGCUAGUCGAUAAGGCAACACAAACGACAAGCGUGCCGAAUGAUGAGAAGAACGACAAUUAUACAAGCUACACGCUGUCACAGAAAAUCGAUUUGUUUCAGUCACAGCUCGCAGAACUUGAAUGCAAAGACCAGCCGCCAGCUGAAGUCAAUGGCAAUAAGCGGCCCGCAACACCCAUGUCCAGCACAGAAGAUGAAGUAGCGCAGGAGCUGGCCAAGCUAUUUGACGAUGAACCAACCGAUCUAAAUGCCAUAUUUGGCCUUGAGAUUGACACCACAGAGGCGCCAGACCAACUACAAAAACCCCCUGAUAUGGCAGCUCAGCUGAAGGCCCUGCCAUCGCCUGCCACGCCGUCACCUGUGCCGUACAGCCAAAGCUUUACGGAUCUAAGAAACAGUCUCUGGCCCUGCGAAUUGUAUGCACAACGGCGACGCCUCAACGCAUGCUUGGUGCAUUUGCUGGAUGCAGACUGGCGCUAUGAGGAUGCGCUAAGAUAUAAAUUCCAUAUGCUCUUUGGCGAAGACAGUGACGAUGAGUUUGCCACACAUAUAACUAGUCCUAGCAUCGAUCUAGUCGAUGAAGUCCUGCUGGCCAGCUGCAUAUUACGCAUACGUCCCUGGAUCGUGCGGCACUUGAUGCGUCCGCUGCAGGAAGGCCUUAUUGCCAAUCGUUUUCUGUUCAAAAAGGUGGCCAAGAUGCUUGCCAACAACAUUGUGCUGACCAAUCCAUACGCCAGCGAACGGCAAGUGAGGCAGGCCGUGGAGCACAUGUUUUGCAUCCAACCCAGAGGUGUUCAAAGCGCACUUGAUCUGGAAUCGUUGCCGCCAGUGUUCAUCGAAAGAUUUGAAAGUUAGGCAAAACGUAAAAACUAUUUUCUAACAUUAAAUUAUUCUCAAAGAA